AUGUCAAUGCCAACAAUGACGGGUUAUAUACAUCGACAAAUAUAAUGUUGAUUUGGAGACACGGUACCAAGAAAAUGAAAGGAAUUAUAAAUAAUCUGAAUCCACAAUCCGUGCCACAAUCCAGUUUCCACACGACUCAUCCACUACAUCCAGGUUUUAUUAUACUUAGAAUCUCUCUCCAUGCUUCCACAAAUCAAAAGUGAAACGUGCGUUUUUCCUGGAAGUUAGGAGCGGAAAUCGCACAGGUUAAUAGUAGACUUGGAUCUAUUUGGUCUCUGUGAACACUGAAGUGGACCCAACAAAAGCAUUUAUAUAUCAAUAAAUAUAAAGUCAAUCGUUACGUCAUUUGCUCACUGCAAGGAAAGUCAUCUCAGAAUAUCAUCAUUGGGAAGCGAUACUUCCUUGCCCCGACUGUAUUUUCAUACAUAGCACUGAAUCAUAGAAAUACUGAAAGAAAUGCCAUCAGAAAGAAAUCAAGGAAUCCCGAUAACACAAUGCGUUCAUAUCUUCGAAGGUGAACUCAGGCGGCUAAGAAGCCGUCUGGAUACCCCAAUAGGAAUAAAGGGCUUAAGUUGUUAUUUAUACGGCCUGUGGACACACAGUUCUAACGUCGUUGUCUACUUAGUCGUCUCAUGUGGGAAAGAACUCGAAUACGCUGAAAAGCACAAGUUAAACUGCGUUGGAUAUGUUGCAAAAGAGUACACAGAACAUUUAUAUGAUAUAGCACUCGUGCAAACUAAAGAGUCUCUGUCAACUAGACGACAGCAUGUGAUAGUUGAUGUGAGCGACACGAAGAAGUCAGGUUUGUUGCACGCGUACGGAUCACAUCUUUAUGUGUUACAAAGGGGAGAACAUGUUUUCAAUUUAGAGAGAAGUCUGCAGGUAAAUAUUCUGAAAAACGAGAGUCCAUUCAGAAAAGACGCACCACCUGUGGCCGAGGCUGCUCAAAUUAACUGGCAUGAAAUCAAAAGCGAAAGUAGAUCGAAUUCAGGCGAGAGGAAAGGACAACUUGUGAAAGAAAUCAAGACACCGGAGAAGAAACUAAGUAAUUUGGAUUCCGCACGUGAGAGAGAGAGAGAACCCAGACGUCGGUCGAAUAUCGAAAGAGAAACUGGCUCUUCUGGCGGCAAUCAAACGAAGGGUUAUCUGGAAAGUAAAAUUACCCAAAGCUUGAGUAUUGUUAGAAGUAUUAAACACAAAGUCAAAAGUCAAUUUGGCGUGCAGGAUGACGACCACAUAAUGAUUGAAGAAUUUGUAGAUAAGCUGGUGCUUAGAUUUGGUCAUAAUUCUGAGAAUUGGGAAAUUGAGUUAAAAUGGGGGGAAAGUGGCGAGUAUUUUGUUGAAAUAUCUUCUUCGAAUUCAGCAAAAGCACAUUCACAAGAGUUUCAUCAAUCAAGUUUUGUUGUAGAUGAAAUAAAGAGAUUAUGUGGAUGUGAGACAUGUAGUAAACAAUAAGCUUAAAAUAAAUCACGAAGUAAGAAAAUACAGCAGCAAGUAGUUGGGUGACUGUAGAGAUAUCAGUAAAUAUAUAAAGGCGAAAUUAAUCAGAUAAUAAUUCCAUAACAUAAAUGCCACAAUCAGUUGUUAAAAAUGUAACAAUAGCCGGCUUCACUAUAUACUACAGAAUAUAUGAUCUAUCUUGCACAUUUGUACCAAGCACUCGACUGAUAUACAGUUAGUGCAACCAUAACGUAUAAUUGAUACAUAAUGUAAAAUUAAAAUAAAAUAAUCAUGACAAACUGGCUCAU